AUGCGACUUCUCAACGUGGACACAUUCACUUUUCAAGAAUUCAACGAGUCACCCACCUCGCCACCGCCUCCUUAUGCGAUCGCGUCGCACCGGUGGAUUGCCGGAACCGAGGCGCGUCUAGAUGAUGUCGUCAAGAGAAGAUGGGCACGUUUGUUGGGAAAUACCGAAUACCGCCGCCGCCUUGGAUGGCGUAAGGUACAAGGAUUCGUCGCCUUUAUGAAAGAGCACUUGCCCACAAUCAAGUUGCUCUGGAUCGACACAUGCUGCAUCGACAAGCAAAGCUGCGAAGAGGUGGCCACGACAAUCAGAUCUAUGUUCAGAUGGUACACGCGAGCAGAGGUUUGUCUAGCAUAUUUGGAUGAUGUUCAAACGGUGAACGACCUUGCCGCGUUUGAAGAGAGCGUAUGGUUUCAGCGUGGAUGGACUCUGCAAGAGCUGCUUGCCCCUAAAACCGUCGUAUUUCUGACACACGAUUGGCGAAUCAUUGGCCACAAGGGCCGGCCUCCACUUGGCAGUCGAAUCUCUGCGAUUACCAAAAUUCCGGAAACCGUCUUGAGAGACUACGACGCGGCGAAAAAUGUCACCGUUGACGAGAAGCUGUCGUGGAUACAGAAAAGAGAAACGACGCGGGUCGAAGACAAAUGGUACUGUAUGCUCGGAAUCCUAGGCGUCCUCGACAUGGAAAUUCAAUACGGCGCCGGUGAAGAAGUAACUUACAUGCGACUUCAACGCAGCCUA